AUGAAGGGUCGGAAGUCUCCAGGCGUUGACGGGCUCACGGUCGAGUUCUACAAGGCCUAUGGGAGCUUCUGGCCCAAGACGUGCUCGACGGCAGUUAUCACCCUGCUGCCUAAGAAGGGAAACUUGCAAGAGAUUAAGAACUGGCGCCCCGUGUCCCUCCUUUGUACAGAUUAUAAAAUCCUCUCCAAGGCCCUGGCCACUAGGCUAGGGAAAGCCAUGGAGCAGAAGAACCCUUGGUGUACGGAGCAAGACUGGAUGUUGAAGAGACACGUUCCUGGGGCUACAGAGACGCUGUCUAGAGCCGGAAUGGUGACCUUAAAGAGGCUGAUUCGAGCGUCAGGAGCAGACUUUGGCGAUGCCCAGAAGGUCGCUGCCGCACUGAAAUGCCCAAUCUGUGGAAAAAAUUUUGUGUCUAAAUGUCAGUUACUUGCUCAUAUGACGAUUCAUACAGGUGAGAAUCGUUUCUCUUGUGAAACUUGUGGAAAAUGUUUUCAGAAGAAAUCUAAGUUAGUUAAUCACAUCAGAGUUCACACCGGUGAGAAACCUUUCUCAUGUGAGACCUGUGGAAAAAGUUUCACUCAAAAGCAAAAUUUAACUCUUCACAUGAAAUCUCACACAGGUGAGAAACCUUUCUCAUGUGAGACCUGUGGAAAAAGUUUCUCUCAAAAGCAAAAUUUAACUGUUCACAUGAGAUCUCACACAGGUGAGAAACCUUUCUCAUGUGGGAUUUGUGGAAGAAGUUUCACUCAAAAAAACAACUUAACUUCUCACAACAGAAUUCACACAGGUGAGAAGCCAUUCUCAUGUGAGGCCUGCGGAAAAUGUUUCCCUCAUAAAAACAGUUUAACUGUUCACAUGAGAUCUCACACAGGUGAGAAGCCAUUCUCAUGUGAGGCCUGUGGAAAAUGUUUCCCUCAUAAAAACAGUUUAACUGUUCACAUGAGAUCUCACACAGGUGAGAAACCUUUCUCAUGUGGGAUUUGUGGAAAA